AUGAUCAGCUACAGCCUCCCCGCCUCGAAACGCCGGCGACAGCCACUGAUCCUCGCCCUGCUGCUCCUUAUCGCGCUCUGGUCGUGGCACUCGACGCGCAGCGUCAAGGCCACCCGCGACGAGGGCUUCUACCCCGAACGCUACCCGCUGGCCUGGAAACAUGUGUCGUUGGCGAGCACCCGCAGCGGAGCCUGGUACAUCCCCCCUGAGUGGCUAGACCCCUCGGAGCCUGCCCCGAGGAAUAUCCUCGAGGCGGCCCAAUUGGCGCAACGCUUGGCUGUCAAGGGGAACCAUAAUAUCCCUUACUCCAAGAUUCCCUUGAUCAUCCAUCAGACGUGGAAGGAUACGGAUCUGGUCACGUGGAAGCCGGAUGUGCUCGAGGGGGUCGAGAAGUGGCUGACUUAUGCGACGGCGGCGGGGAAUGAGAGCAUGGCUUAUUUCUUGUGGCUGGAUGAAGGGUGCAGGCAGCUGGUCUCUGGGUUGCAGCCGGAUCUGGCGGAGUACGUGGAUGCCAUGCCAUUGAUGGUGGAGAAGUCGGAUGUGUUCAGGAUUCUGGUCGUGAAGUUGAUUGGUGGAGUUUAUGGAGACGUCGACACGCUCCCACUCCGGUCACCAGCGUCGUGGCUUGACGAGAAGGACGUUUCCGCCUGGACGGACCCCCAAACGGGCACGACUUACAGCACCAUUGCCAGGGGGUCAUCAGUAAAGCAACCGAUUGAACUUAUCCUAGGCAUCGAAGGAGACAACAGGCCCGACACCGACGACUACUGGCGAAUGGGCUACAACUAUCCCGUCCAAUUGACGCAAUGGGCACUUGCCUCUGCACCAAACCAUCCAAUUCUCAAAUCGUUCGUCUCGAACUUUGCCGCGAUGGUGAAAGAGGUGACUCGUCCUUACGAGGGAGACCCCAAGGCGAUAAAGAACGCCUUGUACCGUGUGGAUCCGAUAGAACUUACAGGCCCUGCGGCCGUCACGCUGGCCACGAAAGAGUGGUUGGAGAAGGAGACAGGGUUGAGGUGGGAUGCACUGACAGGGUUGGUGGAUCACGGGCGAAGUAAGGCGGUGGGAGACACAUUGAUAUUCCCUAUCACAGCGUUCAGCCCAGGGCGAGGCAAAUGGCACGGCAUGGGCUCGAAACCCAUCACUGAUCCCGACGCCCGGGUCCUGCACCGUGCACAGGGCAGUUGGAAGAGGCCCAACCUGAAAGUAGAGUUCGGGAAGUUCUGCAGGACCGUGUUUGGUGGCUGUAGGGAUUGGUCGAGAGUACCGUGA